CGAUAAGUUGAGCGAAGAUCAAGAUCACUCACUCCCAGUUCUAAACCCUAAACCUGACGCCGCCAUGGCCGCCGCCGUUCGCCACAUCGUGCGCCGCCGCCUCUCCACGGCCGCCGCCAUCACUGCACCGGUCCCCACUCCGGCCUCCAUCCUCAACCCGUCCUCGCCGAGCACUCCCCUCACCUCGCGACAUAAGACCCGACUCGCCAUCUCCCUCCUCAAGUCUUCCCCGCCGCCUCCCCCCGACCAGAUCCUCUCCAUUUGCCGCGCCGCGGCACUGACCCCGGAGACACACAUCGACCGCAUCGCGCUGUCGCUAGCCGCAUCAAAGCUCUCCUCCGCUCCGGACACCCUCCGUGACCUCGCCUCCACCGUCCUCACCCCGCGCCACGCACCCCACGCCAUCGCGCUCUUCGGCCAGGCACACCUCCUCCCCGACGCCAUCUCCACUUUCCAGUCCUCCCCCUCCACCCGCUCCCUCAACGCCCUCAUCUUCGCGUGCAUCGUCUCCGGUAACCACACGGAGGCCGCCCGCGUCUUCCAGACAUUCCCAGACGCCCAUGGCGUCAAGCCCAACACUGAGACCUUCAAUGCCAUCAUCAAAUCAUUCGCCGAGUCUGGCACCAUAAGGUCCUUUUACUCGGUUUUCGAUGAAAUGUGCAAGAAGGGCUUGAAGCCCAACUCCAUCACAUUUACCACUGCGCUCGCUGGUUUCUACAAGGAGGAGAAGUUCGAUGACAUCAAGAAGGUAUUAGAGCUCAUGAAGAAGAAUGGAUGUGGUGAGUCCCUGCCGGUAUACAAUGUGAGGGUGCAGAGUUUGUGCAAACUCGGUCGGAGUGGUGAGGCGAGGGCAUUAGUGGACGAGAUGAUGAAGAAGGGCACAAAGCCAAAUUGGGUGACCUACAACCAUCUGAUUUAUGGAUUCUGUAAGGAGGGGGAUUUGGAGGAAGCAAAGCGUCUGUACAAGGAGAUGGGAAGAAAGGGGCUUGUUGGGGAUAGCGAUUUCUAUUUUAUGCUUAUUUAUUACCUUUGUAAGGGUGAUGAUUUGGACACUGCCCUUGGACUAUACAAUGAAAUAGCAGCUAAGAAUUGGGUGCCAUGCUUCUCAACCAUGAAAAUGCUUGUGAAUGGACUUGCUGGGAGCUCAAGGAUCGAUGAGGCAAAGGGAAUCAUUGAGAAGAUGAAAGAGAAGUUCCCAGAUAAAACUGAGGGGUGGAAGGAGGUGGAGGAAGCAUUUCCUCAUUAGAGUAAAACAUCGAUGAUCUCAGCAAAUUUGCCAGUGCUGAAGACAUUGUUGGUUGGUAGUUGGGACUGCAUCUAUAUUUGAUCAACUGUUUCGAGUAUAUGAAGAUAUGGCCUGGAUUCAAUUUUAUAUAGAUGUGAAUCAUGCUCCAGCUGUGAUGACUGAUUAACAGUGGCAGCUGCAGGUUGUUCUUGGCGAUGCCCCAGUAGUUAAUACCUUUUGCAUAUUGAAGUUUUAGUUGUGGGAAUUAGAGAGAAUAAAACUGUCAGUUUUGUUGGCACAGGCUGAGCCUGUCAUUGCCUUGUACGGACCUUGCGCCUGCAAUUUUUGCAGUCUGUAAGCGAUGCAAUGUAUGCUAUAACUGUAACGACUUCCGUUUCAGUUUGAAUGGACUGAAAUUAAUGUUUCCUCC